UCCUUGAGGGUUCAAUUUAUAAAGACCAUCAUCUCUUUUGCUUCUUUUUUUUCUUCUCCAACUUCACUUGCCAACUCAAGUAGUCUACUACAGCAGCGAGAAAAGCUUUAUCUUUUAGCUGUUGGAUAUUACAGAAGCGGGGAAUAUUCAAGGAGUAGAGAGAUUACAGUACAAUGUCUGGAGAUUGCACCUGAUUGGAGACAAGCUUUGUCUCUUAAGAAGGCUAUUGAAGAUAGAAUUACUAAGGAUGGUGUCAUUGGUAUAGGAAUUACUGUGGCUACUAUAGGACUGAUUGCUGGUGGGAUUGUAGCAUCAUUGGUCCGAAGAAAAUGAUCUUGGACUGCUCUAUCAAUCUUUACCAAAACAACCAUCUGAGGUUAUUAACUACUCAUUACAAUGCCACAAAAAUCCGAGUUUCAAUUGACAAAAAGAAGAUGAAUGAACCAUAUUUGUUCGUUUCUUUACCAUUCCCGGCCUUUUUCUUCUCUUCGACUCGUUUAGAGGGAGUCAAUGAAUGUUCAAUAG